CGUGAAUUUCCGAUGCCAGGGACGACGGGUGCAAGGCGAAUGAGCCAAAUCUUCACGCAAAUGGCGGCAACGUGCCCCGUGGAUAUCCAAGUCUACGGUGCGUGUGUGGCGAACAUCGAAGGCGGUGUCAACCGGGAUGCAUGCGCAACGGAAUUCGCCAAGCUGCGCCAGUGUUUCCAGCGCGCAGCGGCGAACGCAGCGAAAAAGUAGGGACGGUUGGAACCCUACCUGGUCUACGCUCGAAUUGCUUUCAUAAACAUUCUUGCAACGACCGUUCUUUCUCCACUCUAGCAAGUCCCACGCGAUGCUUGCCAUGACACGCUGUCAGCUUGUGGCGCUCGACCACGUCGCACUUGGUCUGAAGUGGCCAUUUCCUGUGAAUACACAUGCACUAGAGCAGUCGUAGAGGCAAUGCCACCGUUGAACUGUGCAGGUUCUCCAUGUUAACUGAGCGCAAUGCCG